AUGGCGGGGCAAGCGGCGGCGACGGGCGGCCUUCACGGCGUCGCGAGCGGCGGAGGCUUGCGGACGGCGGUCCACAGCGGAGGACGGGCUAGUCGGUGGCAGAUGAGGAGAGGAGAGGGAGAAUGGGACGGUCGGAAUGGUGGUGAUGGAAGCCGGCCACCUUCUUGCAACUCGCUAUUGUCGUCGGUCGCCUCCCACCACCGCCGGCCGCCUCUUGCCACCGACCGCCACCCGCCAUCGGCCGCCUACCGCCGGCGUCCUUCGCCGACCGCCUCCUCCCAUCGCCACCUUCCGCGGUUCGCCGCCGCCCAACGCCGGCCACAACCCGCCCACCGUCGCCUCUCGCGUCUUUCGUCGCCACUUGCCGGCUGGCUCCCGCCGCCUCCCGCCCUUUGGUUGCCGUCCACCGCCCUCCACCGGCCGCCUUCCUCCGCCGCCGGUUACCGUGCUCCAUCGCCCGACGCUGGCCGCCUCCAGCCGCCCUCCGCCGUCGGCUGCCUCUUGCUGCUGGCAGCCACCCACCACCAACCGCCGUCCUUCGCUGCCAACCGUCGUGCUCCAUCACCUGAUGCCGACCGCCUUCGGCCGCCGCCGCCGUUAUUUGCUGUCGGCCACCGUGCUCCGCCGUUGGCCUUCGUGCUCCACCACUCGACAUUGGCUGCCGCCCGGUGCUGA